GCGGCUUUGGACCAGAGCAAAGAGCUAUUCUCGCUACCGCUCGAGGUGAAAGAAAAGUAUGAUAAGAAUUUAGGCGGCUUCAAUCGGGGAUACGAACGCUUGCGAUCUCAAAACUUCGAGGCGUUAGCGCAAGGAGAUCUGAAGGAAGGGUACUACUUUGGCAAGGACCUACGUAUCGACAACCCUAAAGUACUCGAGCGCAAAUUCAACCUAGGCCCAAAUAAAUACCCGAAAGACGUCACGGACCCCGUCAAAUUUCGAAAGGUGAUUGACGACUACCACGCCGCCAUGUGCGUUCUCGCCGAGAUCAUCAUCCGUACGCUUUGCGCCACCAUCGGAAAUGACGAUGACUGGGUUUCAGACUUUAUUGACACACCCAUCGCUGUUCUGCGUCUGUUGCAUUACCCGCCUCAGGCCCCAAAUGCCUCCGCAACGGAGCGAGGUAUCGGCGCUCAUACCGACUUUGGGGCCAUAACUAUUCUACUGCAGGAUAUGGUCGGUGGUCUGCAGGUGUGGGAUCGCGCCUCCUCGGAAUGGAUCGACGUCAAACCCACGGAGGUGCUCUCGUCGUGA